GCCUCUGGCUAUAAAAUGGCACUUUUAGCGCUGCAAUUGCAGCAGUUCGCCUUUAGAGCUAGGAUAAUGUUUAAAAUAAUCUUAUUUGUGGCUCUUGUGGUGGUCGUGGUGCAAUGCGCUAGACCAGCCAUUCCAAUUAAUAAGCAGGGAAAAGAUUUCCCUGUUCCAACUGCCGACGAGAAAGUCACUGAUGACUACUUUGACGAUCGAUUCUAUCCUGACAUCGACGAUGAAAAGAUAGGCGUGCGCAAGGAUAACGGACAGGGAUCCAAGGGUGGAUCAGCGUCACAGAGUCGUCCUCCUGCUCCUGACAAGAGUCCCGGAAAGACUAAUGUGUCUGAUAAGAGGGCCGAUCCCCCAAAGGCUUCUCCGUGUGACAGAAAGUCAGGCAGGAAGGGUGUGAGAGACAGGACAAAGAAUAGAGAACUCGUGAUUGAUGAAUCUACAGCCAGAGUCAGGCAGAAUAGUCAAGAUCGUAAGCAAAAUCGGCCAGUUCAGCGAAAUCUUCAGAGUUACAAAGACGCACCGGCCACAUAUGUGUUCAAAUCGUAUGAUUUUCGUGAAAAUGGCAGAACGCCAAUUGUGAAGCUGUUCGAAACCAACAAGGCUGAAGAGGUUAUUGCCAAAGGCGGUCGGAAUGACGAGUAUGUCCUGGAUAUACUUGAUGGCAAGCCUUACAAACUGAGCCUGAAGAUGGACGCCACGGGGACAGUGACGGUCAGCAAUCCGGAUCGCGAGAGGAUUGUGGGUCGUCUCAAGACGUACAAGGCGUAAAAGAAUGCAAAUUAAUCAUGAGGUGCUCUUCUGCUCUUUAUCUACACACCUUCUCCUUUUUCCCCCCUCAACAUUCUCCCCUCGCUAAUAAAUUUGUUGCUGAAUUGUGCGCAGUUGACUUGAAGCACAUCUAA